ACGAGCAUCCAGCAGCAGAGAGCAAAGCCUAUAUAAAGAAAGCCCUACCGGCUGCAGGGCUCUGCAAGGAAGCAGUGGCUUUCCCGAGGGCUGUCGAAAAGAUGAACUCUCUCCUCACCUUUGCCGUGCUGUUUGCCUGGGGCUUGUCCCCGGCUCACGGGAGCCUCUGGGAGCUGCAGAAGGUGAUCACGAAGGCAACGGGGAAAAACGCCUUGCUGUAUUACUCCUUCUACGGCUGCUACUGCGGCUUUGGGGGCAAGGGGCAGCCCAAGGAUGCCACAGACAGGUGCUGCCAGCUGCAUGAUACCUGCUACAACAACCUCCUGAGCUACCGCUGCAAUGCCAAGAUGCAGCGCUACCACUACAGCUGGCACGGCAACAGCCCCUCCUGCAGCCAGGGCUCCAGGUGCUCCCAGCUCUCCUGCGAGUGCGACCGCAGCCUGGUGCUCUGCCUGAAGCGAAGCAAAGGAAGCUACAGCAAACGCUACCUCUUCUACCCCAAGUACCGGUGCCGCUGA